AUGGUGAGUUCCUCCGCGGGAGGUUCGCCGCCGUACACCCGUACUCCGUUUCCCUCUAGGAUCUUUGAAGUCGUUGGGGCUUCUUUCGUGCUCCACCCUUUGGCGUCUUGUCUCAAGAAAUCACGUUUGAAGACCGUCAACGGCACGUAUGCCUUGAAUGUUUGCAUGUACGUUGUCAACACUGGUGACAAUUCAGGUAGGGACUUCUCCAUUUGUGUCAAAUCGUUGAGGACUAUGAGGCAACCAUUCUCAACUACAUCUCCAUUGGCCAACUCCAUCCUUCGUUUCCCAGACAGGAGUAGCGCUUCCACCAGUUCCACUUCUGACUUAUCUAUUGUGGUCCGUGUCGAUUUUGGUCUGUCUGGUUGUUUGGACGGGGAUGGGGUUGGGGUGGACAGCCGUGGUGGAGCCUGGACUGCUCUUGCCAGGGGAGGAGCAUCUCCGGUCCUUGGUCUUUGCGCUGAGGUUUUGCUUCUCGCUGCAACUGAUACCGUUCUCUCCCAAGUCAUGAAAGAGUCCAUGAAUUGGGCUAGGAGUGCUGCCGCGUCUGUGUUGUCUCCUCUGAGACCGCAUCCAGGGGAAGCUAUGCCCUCCAGGGACCCUAUAGGUCCCAAGGCACCCGCAAACGCAGGCCACGGGAUAUCACCCGUCUUGAGACUGUCCUAUUCGACUAGCUGGGAGGUGUGUUUUGGAGUGUGGGGUAGAAAACGUUAG